AUGGCAGUGGAAGGUUGGGCAGACACCUGCGUUCACUGCGCUGAGCUGCUCGCUAGCGUACCCCUCUACAUCAUCUUCGCCGCCGUCUGCGCUACCGGGGCUGGACUAUACGUCGCGCUUUAUGCUUUCGUGACACUAGUCGCCCCGAUACCGCGCAAGUCACUCCCAGAAGAAAAGACCUAUCGCACGAUCGCAGUUGAUGGCUCAAUAACAGAACCCCGACCACUGCCAUCCUGGCGCGAUAUUUCAAAAUUCAAAGAUGGUGAAACGAAGAACCAAUCAACCGACGAGGCCGAGCUCUUCAUAUCCCUGGUUGUUCCGGCCUACAACGAGAAAGAUCGCCUCGGUGGCAUGUUGGAAGAAGCGGUGAACUAUCUGGAGCGGAUGUACGGAACGCUGGCGAAUGGGCACGUCGACGAGAAAGCCAUCCGGCAACGGAAGAACGCAACAAACGGAUACACGAAUGGCACCGCGAGCGGCAAGGCAACGAAUGCUAUACCACAAGGAAAGGGUUGGGAAAUUGUCAUUGUGUCCGAUGGCUCCACGGAUAAUACGGAGGAGAUGGCGUUUUCCUUUGCGCGCGACCACCAGCUGUCUCUCCAUCCAAAGGGUUACGCGGGUCCUUGGACUCCGAAGACCCAGGAAGGAGUGCAUAUCCCGCCGGGGACAAUUCGAGUGGUUAGCCUGGCCCAGAAUCGUGGAAAGGGCGGAGCCGUCACUCAUGGAAUGCGGCAUGUGCGAGGUCAAUACGUGAUCUUUGCGGAUGCUGACGGUGCGACAAAUUUCGAGGAUUUGGGGAAGCUGGUCAAGGCGUGUCAGGAUAUUGAGGAUACAGACGGUCGUGGCGUAGCCGUGGGUUCCCGAGCCCAUAUGGUUGGAAGUGACGCUGUCGUCAAGCGCUCAAAACUACGCAACUUUUUGAUGCAUUCCUUCCAUCUGAUUCUGUGGUUGUUGACCCCGUCAAAGACCGCCACCAUAAAAGACACCCAGUGUGGGUUCAAGCUUUUCUCGCGAGCGUCGCUUCCAUACAUUAUCCCAAACAUGCAUUCCGAAGGCUGGAUCUUCGACGUGGAAAUGCUCAUGCUCGCCGAGUUCUCGCGGAUACCCGUCGCAGAGGUUCCUGUCGACUGGCGCGAGGUUGGCGGGAGCAAGCUGAAUGUUCUACGUGACAGCAUCGGGAUGGCCUGGGGCCUCGCUGUCCUACGAGCUGCGUGGUCAUUAGGCGUUUAUAGACGAACAUGA